AUGCUCCCCGACAGUCCAUGCCCUCGUGCCGCCCUGGCCCUCUCCGAUCUACAGCCCCAGACCGGAGCCUCAACGUUUGCCGUCGGAACCGGAUCCGGAAAUUGGUCAACGCACGGUGUUGGUGGAAUCGGAGGUGACGUCUACCUCGACAAAUCGCACCAAAAUAACAAUGGAGGACUUUUUGGAGGCAUGAGGCAUCAGCACGCAGCAAUAGAGAUGGGUCUCCUCUCAACCAUCAUCCUGUCUUCUCUGCCCCUCCUCGUUUUCUACCCUCUCUCGUCGAUGGCCCAAGAGUUGGGCCCCUGUGCAAAUAUACCCAAAUUACUGUGCUGCACCGACAAAGUUAUAGAAAAAUGCCUGCCAGGCUGCCUUGAUCACAUCACCGAAAAUUGCCCAGCCAAGCUCGAAAAGUUUGAGACAAUCGGAGCCGCACUCCCCGCAUCGGCUCAACAAUCACCAUCCCAACAUCAGAACAACAACGCCCGUCAAGUCCACGUUGGAAGGGAAUCCGCUCGUCGAGCACCACAAACCGGCGACUACAAACUACUAAACAGCGAGUAUCCAGUCACCGAGGUGUCCGAUAAGGAUCUCAGUACGGAUUGCGGCACUGAACGAUCAAAGCCCCCGUAUUCGCCAUGCUUGUCGCGAAAGGCGGUAGAUGAUCUGUUUAUGUCGUGCUGUAGACAACAUGUCCCCUCCAACUGCCAUUCCCUCUGCUCCUAUGAACACCGUGAGCACAACGCCGCCCAAAACCUGAUCCAGGCGGUCCAACAAGACGAAUGCGACCUGAAAUACCUCUCGUCGAUUCUCUACUGUGCCGGCCAGAAUCGAGACAAUCGUCCGUGUUGUACCCAUUUGGGAAUGGCCAAUGAUGAGCUUGGUGUUGGCGAUAGAUGCCUGCGUAUGUGCAACAUUGGUGUGGCGGGCGACCGUCUUCGGGCUGUCGAGAAACAGGACCUCGUCUGUCUCUCCAAUUGGAAUGUUCUGAUGUAUUGUGCCCGAUCCGGACUGAGGACCAUCAAC